GAGAAAAUACUCAAACUCUUUUCUGACGGCUUUUCAAACGCACAUUUCAAUUAUUCUACUUAUUUAUGCAUGUUAAAAAAACAUUCUUUUAUAUGGAAAUGAAAUCCGAAAUGUAGACAUUAUUUCAAUGUAACCAUUCAGUACCUUAUAACCCUCUCACGUCUUCACAUAAGAAAUCAGAAAACACACUCAAAACUUCAAACAAGCUGACGUUUAACCUCACUUCACAUAGUAAGGGAAGCGUUUUCUUGCCCUCACGAGGCGUGGCUUAUUUGCUUCCCCCGGCUUCACUCUCCUCGUAUUGCGACAGCAGAGACGCCAUCUCCAUGUAUCCUAACCUCCUUGGUUAUCAAGUUAUUACUCUACCGCUCCAAAUGAAGUGGCUUUACCGCAAUUUUUUUUUGCAUUUAAUUCGCACAAUUUUGGAAUACUUUAUAUAUGACAAUAAUUAUUAAAGCAAUAAGAUUAUUCUUUUUAAAACUUAAGAUAUGUCGUCAAGGGAUAAUAUUCAAACUGAUUCUGUGGGCUUGUCUAGUCAAGAUGCAAUAAACAAAUUAAAAUCUGCAAUAAAAGAAGAGUUAGAAAAAGAUCAGUAUACAAAUACAUCUACUGGCAUUCCUCUGUGGAUAAAAGAUGCAUUCCAUCAUAAAAGUCAUCAUUCUACGUUUGCUUGGACAAGUGCUGUUAUAAUGCUUGUUGAAAUUUUCUUACUGAUAGUUUACCAAGUGUAUGUGGAUCAAGACUAUAGGGUAAAAUCAAUUGCUGCUGAAAUAUUUUUCCUUGUGCUGUUCCUGCUUGCAAACAUUUUUAUAGUGGCCUGUGAUAAUAUGCUUAGGCAUACAGAAAUGCUAUCACGAGUUAAAUCAAUCGUGAAAUUACUUGAAGAAAACCAGUACCAUUUAAGAGAUAAAAAUCAAUAUUUGAAUCUGCAUACCCCUCAGUCACCCUGUAUUUCAGUACAGUGGACAUACCGUGAUGGCCAUCUUCUAAACCUCCCUUGUUCUUUAUUGGUUGAAGGUGAUGUUAUCCUAAUGAGGCCUGGACAUGCAGCUCCAGGACAAUGCAUUUCUCUCAACAAG